CGAAAAAUAAAUCGCUGGACUGCCGCCACUAAAUAAAAGCGUAGAAAAUAUUUCAUUCGUUUAUAGCCGAAAAUAUGACCACAUCCGUGGAACUUAGCUCGUAUCGCGAUCAGCACUUCAAGGGCUCUCGGUCGGAGCAAGAAAGAUCGCUCCGCGACUCGUGUACACUGUAUGUGGGAAAUCUGAGCUUCUACACGACUGAGGAGCAGAUCCACGAACUAUUCUCGCGAUGCGGCGAUGUCCGGGUAAUAGUAAUGGGUUUGGACAAGUACAAGAAGACGCCCUGUGGUUUCUGUUUUGUGGAAUACUACAUAAGGUCCGAGGCGGAGUCGGCCAUGAGAUUUGUGAAUGGCACCCGCUUAGAUGAUCGACUGAUUCGAGUAGACUGGGACGCCGGUUUCAUUGAGGGCAGGCAAUAUGGACGCGGAAAAACCGGCGGCCAGGUGCGUGACGAAUAUCGCACGGAUUACGACGCCGGACGAGGCGGCUAUGGCAAACUGUUGUCGCAGAAGAUCGCCCCGAAUACUGACAACCGCUAACUCUGAGAUAAGAUUAAAGACUAAGCCCACAACUAGAUAUUAAAGCAAACAACUAGACAUAA